UUGUUGACAGACUCUCGCUCUCUCAUUUGUGAUUGAGAAUUUUGGAGAAUAUCAUUGCACUGAAUAAAAUGUUCAAUAAAAUUGCUAAUUUUCUUCUGAAUUUUCAAUACUCUGUCAAACAAUCUAGUACUAUGUGUUUACAUCGUUCGGUCACAAGACGAUCGUUAUUCGCACCAAACAUCGUAUCAUUUGGAUUUGUUUUGAUGGUAAAGCAGUUUCUUGUUGAAUCUGCUACAUCAACUAGUUCAAAUGCGCGCGUAAAACUGGCGGGUAACAUGACUAUUGUGACUUAAAUUUAUCAUCAUCAGUUUAGCUGUUGUAAAAUCGGACCAACGCAAAUAACAAGCAUGUGCAAAAAAGUACCGUUGCGUGGAGCAUUAAUCGUUUUGGAAGGAUGUGAUCGAUCUGGAAAAACGACACAAUGUAAAAAUUUGGUGAAAGCAUUAGAAGCAAACGGUCGACCAGCAAAAUAUAUCAAUUUCCCUGAUCGUACAACUGAAUGCGGCGGACUGAUCAAUUCAUUUUUGACAAACAAAAAAGACUUCAAUGACGAAACCAUUCAUUUGCUAUUCACACUGAAUCGAUGGGAAGCCAAAAAUGCUAUGGAAAUAUUGUUGCGAGACGGUGUCACUCUCAUUGUUGAUCGGUAUUCGUACUCCGGUGUGGCGUUCAGUGCUGCCAAAGGUUUGGAUUUGGAAUGGUGUAAAGCACCGGAGGCUGGACUAUUGAAACCCGAUUUAGUGCUGCUGUUGACAAUGACUGCCUCAGCCAUUUCAAAACGGGGUGGAUUUGGUGACGAGCGGUAUGAGGUACCCGAAUUCCAACAGCGUGUCAUGAAGAUGUACGAUCAACUCAAGGACGACAGUUACUGGACCGAGAUCGAUGCUGAUAAAUCAUUCGGUGCUCUACAUGACGAGCUGUUGACACAUUGCAAUCACGCGAUUGACAACAUUGUGAAUGAAAAAAUGGAUAAACUCUGGUGACCAACACUUUGUUCAAUUGGCUUUAAUCAAAACAGAAAAUUGUGUUUAUUGUAUACUUAAGUUAGAAAACAAAUGGAAAAUGUUAUGAUGAAAAAAAUGGAAGAAAUAAGUUAAAAAUUAAGAAACAUUUAGUGCGUAGUAAAGAUCGUCGACGGUUGCAUUCAGGAUGAUCUUCUGAUAUAGGCCCGCUGAGCUAUCUUCGGCAAUCAAGAGACGAUUUGCGGCUAGAGACAUACAUAUCAUCAUUGCUUGGUCUAGAAUUGAAUAGAAGUUUACCGUUAGUUUUGUGCGAAUCGACAAUCGAAUUUAUAUGAAUAUUGAAAUAAAGAUGAGAUAAGCUAUUGUACCUUCA